AUGGAGCCAAGCCUGCUGCUGUGGGGAAUCCUCACAUUCGUCGUGGUACAUGGCCACGUGACAGAACUGUGUGAUGAAAACCCGCCAGAUAUCCAACACGCCACAUUCAAAGCCCUCACAUACAAGACGGGCACCAUGUUAAAUUGUGAAUGUAAGAAGGGCUUCCGCAGAAUAAGCAACGGGUCAGCCUUCAUGCUGUGUGCAGGAAACUCGAGCCAUUCCUCCUGGGAAAACAAAUGCCAGUGCAUAAGUACCUCCCCAAGGGCCACAGAUGGACAAAUUAUCCCUAAACCUGAAGAACAGAAGGGAAAAAGCCCCAUGGGAAUGCAGAGCCAAAUGCAGCCCACGGACCAAGUUAACCUUCCAGGUCACUGCAGGGAGCCUCCGCCCUGGGAACAUGAAGAUUCAAGGAGAAUUUACCAUUUUGUGGUGGGGCAGACAGUUCACUACCAGUGCAUGCAGGGAUUCAGGGCCCUGAAGAGGGGUCCUGCCAAGAGUGUCUGCAAAACGACCUGUGGGAAGGCAACGUGGACACAGCCCCGACUCCAGUGCAUAAGCGAAAGGAGUGAUGGCCGGUUUCCAGAUGACGAAGAGCCUCAAGCCAGCACUGAUGCUGCUCCUGGGAGUGACACUUCCUGUCCCUCAGUAACGGCAAGUACUACAGAUUUCCAGAGACAUACGGAAGUGGCUAUGACCACGGAGUCAUUCGUAUUCACAACCGAGUAUCAGAUAGCAGUAAGUGUUCUCACCACAAAAAAGAAACAGAGGAAGAGUAGAAGAACAAUCUAG